GAGAGAGGGGAAGAGAAAGAGAGAGAGGAGGGAGAGAGAGGGAGAGGAAGAGGAAGAGGAAGAGAGAGAGAGAGAAAGAAAGGAAAAGAAAGAGGAAGCGAGUGCCGGACGUUCGAUUAGCGACUCGCGUCGAGACGCGACCGGACGAGGAAUCGAUCCGAUCGUGGCAUUCCUCAUAAUCUCGACUGCAAUCACACCACGUGCCUUUACCGUCGUUGUAACCAUUGGAUACCCCACAUCGCGACGCCUUCCUCCUCUCGCACGGCCGUCGACUCGUCGAGCGAGAUCGAGCCGUCCUCGAUGAAGGUUCCUCGUUCGAGCACGAGUACGAGUGACUGAACGACGAGAUCGUGGAGAUGUCCGAGCCAUGCGCCUCUCUGAAAUUACCGCAUUCCGCGACCUCGGCUACCGCGAAGCCUGACCUCGAUCCCACGAGGUCGAACGAAGUUGGCGAAUAUUACGUAGGAGUGCCUGUGGUCAGAAACGUGAAUUCCCUGAGGAUCGAAGCCUCGAGGCUGUUGACCCGCAUCGCGACGCCACCGUGUUGGUGUUACCCGAUCGUAUUAGGGCGCUUCGUCGCAAAUUAAAUGGUAAAUAAUAUAAAUCGACGCGCGUCGAUUUUACGGCCGGGCGACGAACGAGCACGCGAAGCGACAUGAGACGUUGCCGACGAGAGAGAGGACAAAUCCUGUCGGCGAGCGACAAAGGCAACUGUCGUAACUUGUUCUAAAUCGACGACGACAGCGCGGAAAAUCCGUGCGACUGCUGUCCAAUCGCCAGCCGCGUCCUGGAAGCCGUAGAAACGCCCUAGGCCGAGAUUCGUAUCCUCUCUUUAAAUAGGUCCGUUUUCUCGCGCCACCUGAGACACACACACACACACGCACAUCGGAAGUGACAACGCGUGCACGUGCGACACGUAUGUCGGCUGUUCGACAAAGUGGGACCGACCUUCCCCACGUCCUUGGCUCGACGGCAGCAGGAGUCGUCGUGACGCAUCCCGCGCCGACGAUCUUAGACAUAUAUCUAGAUAAACGACAACUUCGGGUCCAAACGAACACGUCGGCGAGUAGGAGACUCACAUCCAAGUCAUUUGCGCGCGCGCGCGCGUUCUCUCUCUCUCUCUCUCUCUCGCUCUCUCUCUCUCUCUUUCUCUCUCUCUUUGACAGUUUAUUUGGGAUACCGAUACCGCGACCAAGAACAACAAGAUUACAUCCCGGUAUUCCUGUAGCACACGCAAUAGACACGGAAUAGAAACACUUUAGACGACAACUCUAUCCUUCUCGUUUAGCCCUGCUCGUCUCACCCUUUCGUAUAUCCAUUGAGAAGCGGAUAAAGGAAAAGGGGAAAAAUAAACGGAUGCACCGCUGAUCCGCGUGCCUCAUCUGAUCGCAGCAACGAAUCUUUCCUUUUCUUUGCGAGUCAAGUCGCGAGUUAUACGUUACUCUGUCUUAUACGGCUGAUCACUAUGCUCAAUUCGUGCUGUGCUUUUUUCUACCGUGCUCGUGCAUUAUACGCCGCGAGUGUUUUCCUAGUGCUUUAGUGUUUACCGCGCGAUAUAUUAAUUGAGAGGAAUCGGGCCCAGUGCGCCCCAUCGCACGCUCGAACGCGAAAGUCUCGGCUGCCCAGGUAUCUGGGAAUCCUGUUCCUGAGAUGCCUGUUAGACGAGGUCACGUGGCGCCCAGAACUACGAUCAUCGAAACCAUCAUCAGGAAGUUUGAUACUCACGAUCGAAGCUUUUUAGUGGCGAACGCGCAGCAAGGACUAUGCCACAUUAUCUAUUGCUCGGAUGGUUUCUGCCGGCUGACGGGUUUCUCAAGGGCCGAGGUGAUGCAGCGACCAGCAGUCUGCGACUUCCUCCAUGGACCAAUGACAUCACCACACGCGGUUGCAGCCCUGCGAGACGCCCUUGCCGCUGGCGUCGAAAAGCAUUUCGAGAUUCUUUACUAUAGGAAAGACGGAACCAAGUUCCUCUGCAGCGAGGUGAUAGCGCUAAUAAGAAGCGAGGUGGACGACAUUUGUCUGCAAAUCAUAAACUUCGAGGACCUGAGCUCACAGCCGCCACCGCAACCCGCGAUCCCGCCGCCGAGUCAGGCCAACAACAGGCUCGCGACACGCUUCGACAGGGCAAGGGCAUCUUUCCGGGCUGGCCUAUCGAGGACCGGUGUCGUCGGUCCACCGAGGGUUCGGAGUCGACCGCGCGCGACGUCUAAUUUGCCUCACCGACUUGCUGACGGGACCAUCCUCGACGAGGACGCUUCAGAGAACUGCCCGUUAACAUGUGGCUCGCCCACAAUGAUGGAAUCUUGGGGCCCUGGGAGAACCGGCACACCCCCUCUGGGUCUACCGCCGCUGCCGUCGGGCGGCAGCAACAACAAUGGUGGCGCAGCAACGUCGGCAACUAUCCCGAGCGUCAUACCGCAGCCCGGCACAACUGCUCCUAUCGCGAGUCCCGAGGGAGUGAGCGACGUCUCGCAAAAGUCGGGAAUCUGGGAAGGCGCGAACUCGCCGUCGGGGGGUGUCGUGGAGGGUCCUUCACGAAGUGUCUCUCACGCGGCGAGUUUGGACGCUAUCUCGAAGCGAGCCGUGAAACCGGAAACGCCGAGAGUCCCUUGUCGCAGUCUCACCUGCAGCGUUUUAGCGGGCCGAGGGAGCGAACACGUCACCCUCGAGCGACGACCAGCGACAGUCGAUAAUCUGGCCGAAGCAGCGAAACAUUCGAAAAUAUUUCCUGGCGUCGCUUCUGAAAGCGAUUUGCAGAAAUGGCGGACGUCCAGGGACAGGAAAUCACCGUCUCUAAGUCAGAUGGGUCCGGACUCCAUCAAACACAAAUUUUCCUUACAAGACAAUGGAUCUGCGAAAUACUUUCAAGGAGCAAUGCACACACCAAAUAUGGGAGAAAAAGUUGCUCAGGUGCUGUCCCUUGGAGCAGACGUCCUCCCGGAGUACAAACUACAGUCCCCCAGAAUCCAUAAGUGGACCAUACUACACUACUCGCCGUUCAAAGCAGUCUGGGAUUGGAUUAUAUUGUUGCUCGUGAUGUAUACCGCCAUAUUUACGCCAUAUGUCGCCGCCUUCGUUCUAUCGGAUCCGGAAUACAACAGCAGAAAGAACAAAAAAUACAGUGACGACCCCAUCGUUAUUAUAGACUUUAUAGUCGACGUCACAUUCAUCGUGGACAUCAUCAUAAAUUUUCGCACGACAUUCGUCAACAGCAACGAUGAGGUGGUCUCCCAUCCUGGAAAGAUAGCCGUCCAUUACCUGAAGGGUUGGUUCAUCAUCGACCUGGUAGCUGCCAUUCCCUUCGACCUCCUACUCGUCGGCUCGGACACUGACGAGCUCGGCUUGGACAAGGACGAGACGACGACCUUAAUUGGACUUUUGAAGACGGCUCGUCUACUGCGCCUUGUCAGGGUGGCUAGGAAGAUCGACAGAUACAGCGAAUAUGGCGCUGCCGUUUUAUUACUUUUAAUGGCCACUUUUGCCCUUAUUGCUCAUUGGAUGGCGUGUAUAUGGUAUGCCAUAGGAAAUGCCGAGAGACCGACUCUGAAAAGCAAGGUUGGUUGGCUCGACAUACUAGCCAACGACACACAUCAAUUUUACACUCACAACAAUACCGGCGGACCGAGCAUAAAGAGUCGUUAUAUCACGGCGCUUUAUUUUACCUUCAGCAGCCUCACUUCCGUAGGCUUUGGAAAUGUGGCGCCUAAUACCGACGCCGAGAAAAUCUUUACAAUAAUCGUCAUGCUGAUUGGAUCCCUGAUGUACGCCAGUAUCUUCGGUAAUGUAUCGGCGAUCAUCCAAAGGCUGUACAGCGGCACCGCCCGGUAUCACACACAAAUGCUCAGGGUCAGAGAAUUCAUAAGGUUCCAUCAGAUUCCAAAUCCGCUCCGGCAGCGAUUGGAGGAAUACUUUCAACACGCGUGGACCUAUACGAAUGGGAUAGACAUGAACAGUGUUCUGAAAGGAUUCCCCGAGUGCCUUCAGGCUGACAUCUGUCUUCAUCUCAAUAGGAAUCUUUUAAACAAUUGCCGAGCCUUUGAAGCGGCCAGUCCAGGUUGUUUAAGGGCAUUAUCCUUAAAGUUUAAGACAACGCACGCGCCUCCGGGUGACACUUUGGUCCAUCGAGGGGAUGUGCUAACUUCCUUGUAUUUUAUAUCCCGCGGGAGUAUUGAGAUCCUGAAGGAUGAUAUCGUAAUGGCAAUUUUGAGCAAAGACGACAUAUUCGGCGAGAAUCCGUGCAUUUAUCCGACAGUCGGAAAAUCAUCUUGUAACGUUCGCGCCCUUACGUAUUGUGACCUUCACAAAAUUCAUCGGGACGACCUACUUGACGUUUUGGCACUUUACCCAGAAUUCUCUAACCACUUCAGCCAAAAUCUUGAAAUCACUUUUAACAUGCGAGACGAGGAGCAGGCUGGUGUUGAUCCAAUAUCAGCAAGGUUCCCUGUCAGUACUCCAACUGACGUCGACAUCGACGCCAGGAGAUUCGCUUUCCGUCCACCAAGAUACCGUCGGGGACCCGGUGGUGGUCCUGGCACAAAUCUUAUUCCCACAGGUCGACAAGACUCUUUGCAGGACGACCAGGAUGAUUAUGAUAAAGGUAGCGGUCAUGGUAUCUUAGAAUUCAGCACGGACAAAGCUGGUCAAGACGUGACACCAUUGAAUCUAGAAUUCGACGAACCCAAACAGAGAAGCUCAACCUUAAACUCGAUAACUGGCAUGCUAACCCAUCUCAAGCGCAGCAUACCGGAUCUACGACAACACAAGAUUCAUCUGCAGCCGCUUACUAGUCACGAUUACCUCGCGAAGCAAAUGACCACGCCGCUGACGAAAUUGGCUCGCCGGAGUUCCGCCGCAGGCGAGAGUUGCCUCAGUCAGAACAUCGUUCAUCCCACUUCGACUACGUCAAGCCACUACACCACACCAUCGCCCCCGCAGCAUCCUCAUUCCCAUGGCGACUUUCAAAGUGGUCCGGGUCGACCAGUGGAGGAGAUCAAUGCCAGGAUCGAUCAGCUGUCGCGGCAGGUGACUUCGUUAGAACAUUCGAUGGCUGGCGACAUCAGAUUGAUCCUGAGCUUGCUCCAGCAGACGCUCAACUCGUCGAGAGAGAGCUCCAGCAUCGAGAUGAUGCCGGGAACUGUGCCAGUCGGCACGAAACAGAGCAGUCGUGCUCCCGCGUUAGUCCAGAGAUCGGCUAGCGAACCGCAACCACCAACGCUGCCAACGGGCAAUGGAAACGGAAAGAUUCAACCCAGCACGUCGCACGGUUUAUUCAGCCUUCUUUCGAAAUCCCUGGAUCAGUUGCAUUUGAUUUCGGCGUCUUUUAUUUUGGAAAAGUUGGACAAGUUCCGAAGACCCGCGAGAGAUCCGACCAUAUCGACGGGAACGUCGCGGCUAACUGUCGCGUCCGACACGUCCGCGCUCGCGACAGCGUUGCAAACGGCGUUGAACGGUCGGACCGGGCCCACGAGAUCGCAGAGCCAACCAGUCGAUCUGGCCGUACCGACUAGUACGCAACAACAGGCUCAUCAGUCUCAUGCCUGGCACAGCCAACCUGCCGCUUUCAGAAGAGGCGAAUAUCGGAGUGGCGUGUCUUGUGAUAGAUAUAGCUCAUUCAAUAAGCGAUCGGAACCGGAGGGUGAAGAUCCUUGGAGCUGCGUGGUGCCAGAGGAUCGGAGCGGUACCCAUCGUCCACGCAGCGGAGAGUCGCGAAAGGAAUCGUCGCAUCAUCGUGGCGGCAACGGUACGGAAUUUACGUCGGGGCAGAGUCGAUCGGACAGCAGACACGAAAGUAGUAGCAGGGGACAAACGAGCGGAACCCGGCAACAGGACUCCUCGAGACAAACUAGCGAGGACAUGUCGUGGGAGUUCACGAUAAACGAGGCGCCGAUCGCGAGGCUCGAAUCGUUGGACGAACUCGAUCAAGACCACGGUAGUUAAGGAAAAAUAUGCGUGGGAGGAGAUUGUCCUGUUAUUUAGGCUAAGAGUCAUGGUAUCGCUGUAAGGAUCAACUUGUCCCGAUCGACGAGAUGUAGAAAGCUGUGCGACGCGUGCGAACUACGGAAGGGCACGACCGAAACCGUUUGAGACCCUCCGCAGAACAAAAUCUCGUCUAUUAUCCGAUCAUAGCCAUGCAGACUCGAAGUCGAAUCUCGCAGCUUACAAGCAACGUAAUUUCAAUAUUCAUAGGCAGUCUUAGGAGCGCGUACUGUUGAAGGAAGCAUCGAGGUGUACAUCUUGCCAAUAACUUAUUUUUACAUUAAGAUAGUGGUUAAAAGAAAUUGAAAUCGUAUUUACAUAGUAAAAGCUGUCUGUACAUCGAAUUAUUUUUUUAAACUCUGUAUCCGAAUUACGAUAAAACAGAUGUCAAAUAUUUGAAUUAAUACUCCUAAAAAUGUGAAUUUACAAAAACAAUUCGACAAAAUAGUAAAGUUAUAUGAUACGUAAAUCAAAGAGAAUUCGCAUUUUUCUAAAAACCAUAAAAUAAAAUUUAACAAAAUUAUCUUUAAAAAUAAGUAGAAAGUAUAGCUCUGCUCCUCAAUAAAAGAAUUGUUAUACCAAAAAAAGUAGUAAGUACCCAGAUAGUAAUAUCUUUAAUCCUCUUUAAAAAAAAUAAUGAUAUAAAAUUAUCUAACUCAACUCAGUAAUAUGCAUUAAAAAAUAUAUAUUUAAUUUUUAAAUUACGCGAAUUAGAAAUAUAUACAUAUAUAUGUAUAUAUAUAUGAAUAUAGAGAGAAAUAUAUACGCGUACUAUAACUGCUGUACUUUUAAUUUUUUUUUUUUUAAUGCCAUGAGACGAAUAUGCUUCCUCCAAUUGCACACGUUUUAAAAGGCAAAGCUUGUGAGCGCAAAAAUUACUCUUGUUCUGCUAACUUGGAUUAAAUGAUCGCUUGUUAAAAAUUAUCAUUCUAUUUAAACUCUUGAAACGGUCGGCUUCAGAUCGAGCACGCUCGUCUCUUCCGAGUUCCUGAUACAAUGGUUCAAUCCGACAUUCGUUCCUUCACAUCAAUUUUUUAUGCGUCGAAGAGCAGCAAACGAGAGAAGUACAUCGUAUCUCGCCAAAUAGACGCCAUUAUUUUAUUCACCGAAUCGUAAAUAAUUAUUUAUACAUAUUACACGUUAAGAGUCACCUUACGCGCUAUAUAUCAUAAGAGAGACACGAUGAAAACGAAAGAAGUGCAUUGAAAGUACACAAUAAUCACGCGAUAAAAUUGCAGAAAUUUUCGGCGGAUGAUGAUCGUGAAAAAUCGGAGAAGUAAAACGAGAUAUCUUGAAAUUGAAACGCCGAAGAAGAUAUAUUUAGCUUAUUAUAUAUAUUAUAUAAAUAUUUCUACGGUAAAUGUACGGAUAAACAUUGUUGAAAAGAAGAAAAUGUUUAUUUCACCGUUGAUUUAUCGUACGAAUAUUCGGAUAGCCUUCGAUUUACGAUUUUCCGCCGAUAUCUCGACGUUAAGUGGAAAUACGAGGAUUUACGAUCGAUCUGUUCAUUGCGGAGUUUCACUUUGAAAAAGUUCCCAAGCAUGGACUGUUUCGAUUUCUGGCAAGUUAAUUGAGACGACUAUGAAAGCAUCUUCUUUUUUAUUCUUGCUUAUAGACGACGUAGAUCACAGUAUUGGUAAAGGUACUUAUAAACAAUUUCGUGGUAUUGUCACAUACUGAUUUAAGCAGGAACAUGAAGAAACGUUUUUUCUCGGUUCAGCCGCCGUAUAAAGUAGUGAUGUCUUUUAUACAGACAGAAUGCAACUGCGUGUUGCACAAGCGACAUUAGGCAAUUAUCAAAGUUCGUAUUCUUAUUAUUGUUAUUAUUGUAAUUAUUACUGCUAUUAUUAGUACUCUUAUUAUGAUUAUUAUUAUUAUUGUUAUUAUAAUGACUAUCAUAUAACAAUGGAAAAAAUGCAAGCGCGACGAGAAAGAAACGAAGAAAAUAACACCGACGACAUAAUGCCUACGCAAUAAUAUAUACGUCUACAUAUAUAUACAUAUACAAAAAAAAGAUAGACGUAUGUAUAUACAUAUAUAUAUAUAUAUAUUAUAUAUAUAUGUAUGUGUGUGUGUAUAUAUGUAUAUAUAUAUGUGUGUAUAUAUAUAUUCUAUAAAUUUUUUACAAAGCAUUUCGAGUCGCUACUGCUCCUAAAUGCGUAUAAAUGUCGAUCUCUCUUUCUCACUUUCUCCUUUUUCAUUUCUUGUUUUCGCAUCGACUCUAUAUUUCUAUCAUUGGUGUCGUAAAUCGUUUAAAAAAAGCUAAAAAACAGCAAUCAACCAUCCUGAGGAUUUUACCUCGGCGGCGCAAGAGUUUACAUUAGAUUUUUACAUUACGUACUCGAUAAAGAGAGAAAGGAGGAAAGAAAGGAAGAGAGAAAUCGAGAAUAGCGCUUCGAGAUCAUUUAUGGAUCACCGAUCGCUAAUGUAUUCGUUCUUUGCUCAGUAUUCUAGGCUGUAACCGAUUACCGAAUACUUUCGAUGUAAUGAUAAAACACAAUACGACUCGUAGUUAAUUCUCCGCGAUAAAACGACGGCGCAACGGCACAGCGCUAAUUAUGGGGAAAAACUCAGCUUUUCAAUUUUGCAGGUAGCGGAUUUUUUUAUUGUAAAACUAUUAGUAGUAAACAUACACAAAUACACGCACGCGCGCGCGCGUACACACACAUACACACACAUGCACACAUGCACACAUACACACAUACACACGUAUAUCACACGUGUACGCGCGCAGCAUACGUGGAUUCUCGCACUUAGAUACACGGCAAGAGUUGUAUGUACGGUUAGGCAAUUCUUUUUAGAAAAAGGAAGAGUCCUGGCGUGGUCUCGGCCGAGGGCGGCCACGUUCGCCGCGAUAAUCUCGUGUCGAAUCACCAACUCUCACCGAAUCACCGUGUAAUUGUAUGACGAAAAUACAUAUCGCCGCCUAUCAUUCGUUGUCGGCCGCAUCUCCACGGAGUCUCGCAUUAAAACUAAUUAUCCCUAAUGUAUGUGGGCUGGUUCCCCGAAUAUCUGACGGGCAAUAUUCAGAAAGAUUUUUCCUUGACUGGUGUGGCAUUCUCUUUUCUCUCUUCUUUCGCUAUCAUGCCGAACGUCGUAGUUAUUAACGAAGGAUGGUUACUUAUUCAUUGGUCGUAGUAAUGCAUUUUUUUUUUUUAAUUUUAAUUAUAUACUGCGGCUGUAUUAGGUGCAGGGUUCUUGCCGUGCCAAUUAAGAAUCAUAUACUUUUGGUGUUGCUUUAAGUAACUAAAUAUGACAUCAUACUAUUUUUAUAGUCAGAUAAAAGGUACGCGUAAAAGCAAUGUUCGUAAUUUUAUCUUCUUAUCCUUAUUGUAAUGAAUGAUACUAAAUAACCAAAGCAAAUCACGAAAAUAUUCUUCGCGCGUUUUGUUCGGAUUUACUUAAGUCCCUUGUGUAGACGUACAUAUUCCCGUAGGAUUACAUAUAAAAAAAAUUCAAACUUUCUUUGUUUUUUAAGGAGGUUCUCCAGUUUUUUCACGUAACAUAAGAACUUGAUAAAAUUCAAAAAAUAAUUUUAUGUUAUAUUUUAUAAUAUAAAAAUAAUUUUUUCUUAAAUAACUUAAUGAUAAUACGUAGGCAUUCCUCAAUUUCUUUUUAAUUAUUUGAUCAUAUAUUUUUCUUUAAAUAACAUUCUAAAAUGACAGUAUUAUGGAGAAGAAAAUUUUAUAUAAUUUAUCAAAUAAAAUAUAAGAAUUGUAAAACACUAUACUUUUAUAAAAAAGAUUAAAGUUUAAAGAACAUUUGUAAUUAAAAAAUAGAAAUUUUAUUAUAUCAUUUUCAUAUAAAAAUAUGAAAUGUUAAUUAAAUAUACAAUUCUUUGAAAUAUGAUGUCAUUAAACAACUGUGCUUGUUACUACAUUUCAAUUAUAUGUAAUUCUAUCACAAUUUUUUCUACAUAAUCAAAAUAUUAUAAAUAAAAUAUUUUUAAAUAACAAAUUAUCGUUUUUUUUACUUAAAUUUUGUUCAUUAUUCAUUAUAUUUUGAAAAUAGCAAUGACACAAGUUGUUUUAUUAAAAGGUGUACAAUGAAAGAAAAAUCAUGUAACUCUCUCCACUUUUUUAAAAAGUCUGGAUAACCUUCUUGAAAAAGACGUUUUCUGAAAAAAAUUAAUAACCGCUGAAAAUUUGCAAAGUAUUUUCAUAGAACUUUAUGUGAAAAUUUUUCAAAGAUAUGAAAAUAACGUGAGAAUAAAAGAAUUAAACUCGUGUAAAAAGCUGAGACUUCGGCUGGCCAAACGUGGCUGCCCUCAAUCGCACAAGCAGACGCAGCUGGCAAGGACACUGAGUAUAUGUAAUACACGCAAAAUAAUGAAAAUCAAGUCCUCUCUCUCAAAAUUGCGAAUCUCACUCGAACGGCAUCGCGAGUCUUAUAACAACGACUCCGAUUUUUAACGUGAGUAAACGGUUUAAGAGGCACGUUUAAAAAGUAUUUUAAAACACGUGUAACAUUUUAUACACAGUAUCUGCGUCCAAUUAUACAUUUAAGCCUUAAUACAAGACAAAUGCGUUGCUCUUUCUGAAGCGGAGGACCGGCGAGAGAGAGGACGUCCUUACGGAUUGCGAUUAAAAAAACCGCCAUAAUAAAACUCUCUUUCUCAAAGUUCCGCGAGGAAAAUUAUUGUCCUGGAAAUGCCAUGUCUCGAGAAAUGUCCCGCUUUGAUUAUUAAUAUUCUAGUAGUUAGAUUAAAGAAGAGCUGAAGAGAGCUCAUUGAAUUAUUUUGUCACUUUAACGAGAGCAAACACAUGCUAUUGUCUUCGCGUGCCGCUAGUUUUUUCAACGCGACAGGUAGUGGAAGAAUGACGAAUGCAAUUGGAGAAUUCAGUUUUAAUUAUGUCGAGUUUUUAAUCAGUAUUCCAAAAAUGCGUUAAUGUAUUAAUUGGUACACAAAGAGAAUUUUUCUUAGAAUUUAAUUAAAUUCAUAGUAAUUGUGAGAUAACAUAAACUUCAAAGAACUUUGUUAUAAUUAUAGUAAAAUUUAAUAUAAUUUAACAGAAUUUACUAUAUUUUAUAAAAUUUAGUAAAAUUAUAGUAAAAUUUUUUGAAAUGUCUCACAAUUAUGACUUUGAGAAUAAAUUCUAUGAAGAAAUUCUCUCCCCAUGAACUAUCCACUCAUGUUUGUGUCCCUUCUUGUAAUUCCAAAGAAUCCUGUAAUUGCGGAGUUUUUCUGCUUCGAAAAUCUCAAAAUUAUAUACCAAAGUCAAAGUCUCGCGACUUCGCUUGACGUAUGCUUUCGUCCUUCGUCUUUCUACUCCCAAUAUUCAGCCGAACAACGCACGGGAAAUACGUAUCAUGGAGUACUUUAAUCCCUCACAUUCUCAAUCUCUAUCGCCUGCUCGCCAAUAAAAAUAAAAUCCUGCGAUUUCUCAUCAAAGCCACCUCUCGCUUUUUCUCUAUCACGAUUGGUUCAUUCAUAUGUGCGGAUACAAUCCUGAAAUUUUCAAUUCUGGAACCGAGACGCACGUCUCGUAUGAGAGCUGUGUAUUUAACGAAGCUCGAAGCUAGUUUUGUACUAAGAGCUAAAUCGAGAUGAAAUUGGAUUCGAGUUUCGACGUUUUAUGAAACUGAAGCGAAACGCGGGAUGCGAAGAAAAGCGAAGAGAAGAAAAGUCCAAACUACGGUAGAAGGAUUUAAUCACGCGUUCUUUAUGCAGAUUCAGCGAUUUAAAAGAUUGUUCUGUAUAUAAUAUAUGAUAUAAUCUUGAAUUGUACGAUUGUACAUCGAGCGCACUGAUUUGUAACACUUGUAACAUGGAGAUUAGUUCGAAAGUGAAUGCGACAAAGGAGAGACUUCUUGCACUGCCCACGCCCCGCUCCUGCCCUCCAGCUAACAUUCCCGAUCGUAGGGUGAGAUGGUCCUGAGAGCUUAUUUCGUCAUCAUCUCCCCAAUCUGCCCUCCCAAGGACGGAACAACUCAAAUGGACGAUUUUCAGUAGAAAACUAAAGUUAAUUCAUUAUACAAUUAUAAUUUUAUUUAUUUUGAAUACUUAGAUAUUUAUAAAGCUGUAAGUUGCAAUCAUAAUAAUUUAACGUUACUUAGGUUUCAAGAGAUAACAAAAUUGAUCAAAAUAAAUAUAUUACACUGUUUUAAAUAAUUCGUUCUACUUGAGAAUAAAAUGUUAUUUUAUUAUUUGUAUUAUAAAUUGCCAAUUAAUGGAUUUAAUUGAAAACAAUUAUUGAUUAGCGGUGGAGCAGACGCUGGGAGUGGCAGUGGUACCAGUGGUGACGAAGCUGUGCUAUGUAUUUAUAAGUUUUCAUAUAUAUAUAUGUAUACAUACAUAUAUAUAUGAAAGAAUAGAUAUAUAUAUUGCAUAAAAUAUGUUUAUUACAUAUUUUCACUAUGCCAA